UAUGAAAACAUUGCUCAGAUAAUAUAAAUAGAUCUAUUAGGAAUCAAAACCAACGAUACUGAAUCGCCACUUUCCAGAUGAAGAACCAAAUUGCAAUAGGACUUGUCGCUAUUCUUCUUCAUCAAUAUCUCUCUGAAGUUUCCACACAAGCUAGUGUCAACGCGCAAGGUGCUACAGGAGAUUCAAUUCCAAGAUGCAAUAAAGCCGUCGUGCCGGAUAGAUGGAAAAAGUACUUUCUAGAAGACACUUGUCCAUCUGGAACAGAAAAUUCCGUAUGCACUCUGAGUUGUAAAUCUGGUUACGUCCAACUGAAUCAAACUCUAAAUUGUACUAAUAAUCGUAACAUAUUGAAAUGGCGAUUCAAGCAAUUGAAGCCCUGCAAAGAAGAGACCACGACAGCAGAACAACUGCCGACCACUACCAUAAUAGCCACACCGUCAAACUGUCCACAGAAUCCAGAUCUUGCAAGGUUUCAAAAUAUCAAGACAUCUACAUGCGAUGUAACUGCUGUGGGGGAAAGCUGCACCUUACAAUGUAAUUCUGGAUACAUUGUUGAAAGUAAAAUAACUCAAAGUCUGUAUUGCAAUUCUGAAGGAGAAUGGGAUUUAGAUCCAAUUAAGGACUGCGAAGAAAUUACGUGUCCUAGUUUAUCAUUUAACGACGGAUCCGGCUCUGUUGGACGUUGUGCCAACAAACCAGUCGGUUCGAAAUGUACAUUGAGUUGCGCAGCAGGAUUUAAACAUGAAGUUGGAGGAACAACGAAAACAGCAAUAUGCAGGAAAGAAACGAAUCCCGCCGCUACAUGGUCAAUCGGGAAUACAAAAUGCAUCCCUAUUACUUGUGAGCCGCUCAUAAUACCAAACUCACAAAAUUUGAAGAAGCCGACCUAUUCGACAAGUACAUGCUCAAGAAAUGCUGGAAGGACGUGCCGUAUUAUAUGCAGCGAUGGAUAUGAAUUUCAAAAUGGAAAAACUUACAAAACUAUCACAUGCCUACAAUACGGGGAAAGUGCAAGUUGGAGUCCUGAUAUAUCAACAGUUGGAAGUUGUCAACAAAUUACAUGUCCUGGUUUAUCAUUUGACGACGGAACCCGCUCUGUUGAACUUUGUGCCAAUGAACCAGUGAAUUCAAAAUGUACACUGAGUUGCGCAGAAGGAUAUGAACUUAAAGGAACAACUAAAAUCGCAACAUGCCGAAAAAGAACCACGAAUCCUGCUAAAUGGUCAUCAAUCGGGAAUACAAAAUGCGCUCAAAUAACUUGUGGGGGUUAUUUGUUUCAUAAUGGUGAAACAAGGAAGAACCAAUGCACAAGGAACAACGCCCUCGGAUCAGUAUGCGAGUUACAGUGUGCGAGUGGAUAUAAAUUUGAAGGAGAUGCAAACCAGGUGACAUGUGUAAAGCUCAGUCCAGGUGAUACAGCUCGAUGGAAAAAAUUAAACAAUGCAAUUUGCGUCCGUAUAACCUGUGAGACGCUCAAAAUACCCGAACCGGGAAAUAAAUAUUCGAAGAAACCGACAUAUCAGACAACAUGCCAAAGAAAUGCUGGAACGACUUGCGAUCUUGAAUGCAGUGAUGGAUAUGAAUUUCAAAAUGAAGUAACUUCCAAAACUAUCAGAUGCCUACAAGAGGGAGAAAGUGCAAGCUGGAGUCCUAAAAUAUCAACGGUCGGAAGUUGUCAACUGAAAAUACUGAAGAAUGAAAACUGUAAAUACUGGAUAUCAGAUGAUUCAGUCAAUGGUAGACAAAAAGCUGCAGCUAAGUGCAAAGAUCGGGCUGGCCCGGGAUACGAGUUAGCCAUGCCUAAGACAGUAAAACAAGCCACAUUUAUUAACAAUGAAAUGAGUUCUACCAAAAUAUUUUUGAUUAACGCAUGGAGAAAUAAAGGGAAAUGGACUUGGGGCGAUGGUGAUCCAUACAGCAGCACGAGUACAACCAUGAACUGUGCGGUAUUAAAUAAUUAUCAAAGAACGGUAUCAAUCUAUUGUAAUCGCAAAUAUAUAUGCGAAAUGUGGGAUGAUAACGGAAGUAACAAGAGUCCUUGUUCUCCAAAUCAUUGUGUGAAUGGGGAAUGCGUAGUGUACGGCUGUAGCUACAAAUGCAAUUGUUCACCAAUGUUUUUCGGACGCCAUUGCCAGAAUGGUCCGUUAACUGUUAAAUUUUCUAAAGACGAAUAUCAAACGACGGAAGGCGGGUCAAUUACAAUAGACUUCGAAGUGGUAACAAAUAAUGCGGGAAAAGCUGACUUUCAACUAUUCAUAAACGGAAAACUAAACAAAACAUUUUCCGUAAAUGGAGAAGAUUCUACAGAUGGGUCAAUUUUAAAAGAUCAACACACUCUAAAAGAUAUAACGCAAGACACGUACAUAAGUGGGAAAGGAAUACUGUUUACUGGUGCUACAUUAACAAAUGUUCAGAAUUGCACAAAAAUAACCGUUAUUGGUAAAACAAAGCAAAAUGUAGUGAACGUUUCUAAUGAUAUCUGCGAUGAAAAUAAGUUGACAGUAGAUUGGAACGAACUGAAAGAUUUCGAAUCACUAAAUUAUACAAUAAAGCUAAACGGGGAAAUCAGAGCAACUGAAGAACACGCACCUCACGAUUUAUUGAAACUGCAAAAGAACACACAGUAUGAGAUACAGGUAAUACCAGAGAUUGAAGGAUGCUCAAAUAAAGAAAAAUAUUUUCGGAAGUAUCGUGAAACAACCAGCCAAGGACCCUCUGGUUCACCAAGCAGUAUCAUGCUUUCAAAUACUGGGAAAAUUUGCAAGAUUAAAUGGAAUCAGCAAUACAAAAGAAACAUUGGUGGUUAUGCAAUAAGAAUCGACGAAAGAGCGAAAAACUCAUUAUCUUCCAACACAAACGAUGCUUCCAAUUUUUUGGAAAGACAAUUAAAUAUAACUUUUGAAUAUGCGUUUUCAACAAAUCCAAACUCACAAUAUAAAGUACAGGUUGGCACCAUUCCCCCAGCUGUGUGUCUCGGAAAAGUGCCGAUAGCAUGGAGUAAUGUUGCUACUGGUUGCUCUACGAAACGAGCAGCUCCGUCCGUAGUUACCACUCCAGCGAUAUACGACAGCGGCAAUCCAAAACAUAAUACAAUUACAAUACAAUUAAGUCCAGUUGAUGAAAGAAAUGGAUCGGUCAGUUGUUAUAUUGUUGUUGUUCAAAAACGUACAAAAGACGGAAAUGAAACAAAAAAUAUAAAAGAUGUUGACAUGAUGAAACAGUUCAAUGAUAGUGUGGAAGAUGGAGAUAGUUUUGUUGCGUUUGCCUUGAAUCGGUUUGAUGAAACUCAAAGAAUUGUUCUUGGAAAUGGUGGAACAACUUGCUGUGAUAUGAGUGGGUCGAAUGAAACUUGCGGGAGUAAAGACGACAAUAGUAGAAAAAAGAGAUCAACUAUCAAAAACAAUGUUGUGGAAGGAAAUAAUCGAAAGCUGGACAGUGCCAGCGAAUACCAACAUUAUAUUCUGGUUUCUGUUCCGGAUGAAGAUGGCGGUGAUCCUAUCAUUGUGUCAAGUGGUUUUUCCGAGCCGUGGUCUGUAACAAAGGAAACGGUUGGACAAGGAUCAGAUUUACCGCUCAAAAUCAUUCUACCAUUGGUGAUAGUGCUGAUAAUAGUUCUAACCGUCAUUGGUGUCGUAUUUUAUAAAAUUUAUAGAAGGAAACAAGCGAAGGAAAAUCAUGUGUAUGAUGAGAUUGCAAUGAGAAGUAUUCCACCAAAUCGAGACCACCACGCACUUAAAGUAGUCGAGCAUAUGGAAGUUGAAGCAAAUAUUGAGCAACGGAAUCCAGUUAAAAUUAGCAAUCAACUACUUGGAAAACAUUCUUUUCAGCUGACAAAUUUGUUUCAGUUGAUGAAUGACAAAAGGGCUGAUGAGAAUCUAUUAUUCGUACGGGAAUUCAAGAAUGACGUUCCAGCAGCAAUGAAGUCAUGCAAGCUAACAGCAGAAAUUUCUAAAUUACCAGCAAAUCAACCGAAGAAUAGAUAUAAAAACAUAGUUCCGUAUGAUAACACAAGAGUUUUACUGCAAAAACUAGCUGGCGAUGAGUUCUCCGAUUACAUAAACGCAUCUUACAUUGACGGAUACAACUUUCCAAACAAAUUUAUUGCUACGCAAGGACCCAGGCAAAAUACCAUAACAGACUUUUGGAGAAUGAUAUGGGAGAAAGAUUGCUACAUUAUUGCUGCGUUGACUAGAUUAAUAGAAGACAAAAAGGUUAGAUGUGCACAGUAUUGGUCCGAGGAUGGUGAUCAGAGCAUCACGUAUGGAGACAUCACCGUCAAUUUAAUCGAAAUUUCGAAAUGUGGAGACUUCGUUCGUCGUCGGUUUGAAAUAUCCAAGAACAAUGUGACAAGAGAAGUCCUGCAGUUCCAGUUCAUAGCAUGGCCUUAUCGUGGAAUUCCUGUUGCAACAUCGAGUUUGUUUCGAUUCCACAAAGCAGUGGCCCAUCCUCAAAGCGAAUCCGUAGGACCGAUUGUUGUGCAUUGCAGCGCGGGCGUGGGUAGAACGGGAACUUUUAUAGCUUUAGACAUACUUUCAGAACAGAUCGCCAAAUCAGAGAUUUUUAACCUAUGUGAAAUAGUCGGUAAGAUGCGCAAACGUAGGCCGGAGAUGGUCGAAACAUUGGAUCAAUAUAUACUUAUCCACAAACUAUUAUUCGAGUUAUAUCAGUUUGGUGAUUCAGAUGACGAUGUUUGUGGAUUCGAGUCAAAGUACAAAAACAUCAUGAGAAAAAAUGGUCAGUCAAAUGAAAUCGAUCAUGAAUUUGAGAUGCUGAAUUAUUUUCCACCGCUCGACACAGUUCAAGCUGCUGGAUGGAAGACGGAAAAUAAACAUUUGAAUUGCGAUUGGACAGUCAUUCCAUAUGACCACAAUGCGGUGUCAAUUAAGAUGAAUCCCGCUGACAAAUGUGUACCGUAUUACAAUGCCAGCAACAUCACAUCCUACUAUCCGACAGACAUAUUUAUAGCAGCACAAACUCCAUCUUCGGAAAGUACCGAGGCAUUCUGGCGAAUGAUCUUAGAUAACAAAGUCAGCAUGAUUGUAUCCCUGUGUGAGAAAAACGAGAAGGCAAGCUACUGUUUUUGGCCCAACAAAGCAGAGGAGUGGAAUUACGGACCUGUGCAUGUAAAAACAACUUUAGAAACCUGUUCAGCGGGUUACACGAAAAGAGAAUUUGUAAUAUCACUCAAAGACAAAAAGUUGUCAGUUUCACAAAUUUACUACGACCAAUGGCCUGAACAAGUAAAUCCAGCGAAUUCUAGCACUAUUCUUGAGAUAAUUGCAAGCAUUGAAAGGCACAAUCGAACAUUGGCAAGUUCUGAGAACAUGACAACGCUUGUACAUUGCAGUGAUGGAUCUGGACGAACUGGUACUUUUUGUGCCAUUUCAAAUCUAAUCGCGAGGCUGAAAAAUGAAAAUCGUGUUGAUAUCUUAAGAACAGUGAAAGAUCUGAGGGAUCAAAGACCGAUGAUGGUCCGAAAUAAGGGUCAAUAUGAAUUUUGCUAUCAGGCUGUCAGCGACUUCCUUCAAUCAUUUCAUCUUUAUGAAAACUUUCAAGCAAAAGAAGGAAGCGGCAAUAUGGACCAAUAACAAACAGUUCAUUGUUUUAUGUCACACACACAAGUAUCAAGACUUAUUUAUGUCUGCUAGCAAAUACAAUGUGUCCAGUUGAUAAAUCACAUAUUUGAUAAAAGAUUUACAACUUUUUAUUCCGAUCAUGAAUACUAAAUUAUGUAAUCAAACAUUUAUAAUAAAUAUCCGACAUUCGUGGGGUGUUUGGUCGUAGAUAAAAGAUUUGAGAAAUUUCAACGCAGGUUGAAUCCGUAGUAAUAGACAAUCGGAAUGAUAGACGAAACGACAAAUUU